CCUAAAUUUCCUUCUCACUUCGAUUUGCGUGGCCACGCGGUCCAAUCAGAAAGGCAGCGAAGAAAUUUCCUUAAAGUGUAGAGGGUAUUCUUGCCAAUUACCAGGAAAGGAUUGUUUUGGUGGUCUUGGACAAAAAGGUGAGGGUUAAAAGAAGUUUUCUUCGCUAAAGAAACGCACGCAAACAUCACAACAUUUCGUAUUGUACCAAAGCGCAUCCGGUUCAUCGUUUGAGGAAGGAGAAAAAGUUGAGCUUUGUUCAAGUGUCGAGGGCUUGGGCCUCGUGAUUGAAGAGGAGAAACGCAUUGCGUGAAGCGCAAAGGUAAUUUUUCCGAUUGUACUACCUUUCGGAACUCGAAGACGACUUGAUCCACUCUCAGGUUGAAGCGUGAAGAUAUUCCUCCAAUUGUGUGGCCUCUUGUGACUCAAAUACGACUUGAUUUGCUUCAAGUUUCUUUCGCACCCAUUUGUUUGAGCAAAUAAUAAUAGGAGGCAACAAGAAGAGGGACAAAAGAGGGGCAAAAGGAAAUUCUAGAAAUUAAAGAAGAAAUUAUGGGUGAGACAUGUGCUAUCUCCGUUGCAUCGAAUCUAGUGUCGAAACUAGGCGAGUCCUUAAUUUCUCCCAUUGGACACCAAUUUGGGUACGUGUUGUGUUACAAGAGCUACGUCGAAGACCUCAAAAAUGGAAUCAAGGAGCUGGAGACUACAUGGGAAAGGGUGCAGUAUGAUGUCCAAGAAGCAGAGAAUAACGGAAAACCCAUAUACACGGAUGUUGAGAAUUGGCUGAAGAGUGUGAAGGAGGAGACUGAGAAGGCAGAUAACCUAUUAAAAUGUGACAAAAGUGCAAAAAAUGCUUGCUUCCGUGGGUGGCUUCCCAAUCCCAUGGUGCGAUAUCCAAUUGGCAGGAAGGUGAAGAAGAUCACUAGAGUCAUUCAAGGACUCCAUGAGAAAAGCCGAGAGGGUAACUUCCAGAAGGUCUACCAUGAGAAUCCUCCGAUAGGAAUUGUCACUAAUACCACUUCCGCUGCAAGAUUUGUUGACAACAAAGAAGAUGUCCUGGAGUCCAGGGCCAAAAUCAUGAAUGACGUAAUGAAGGCUAUAGUUGAUGAUAAGUUCAAUGUGAUCGGGGUGUAUGGGCCAGGUGGGGUUGGCAAGUCUAAGCUGUUGGAGGACAUAGAAAGGCAAGUUAAGGAAGAAAAGUUGUUCGAUGUGGUCAUCAUGGCGAAUGUAUCACGAAAUCCAGAUUUAAAAGAAAUUCAGGGAGAAAUUGCUUAUGCACUAGGUCUCAAGCUAACAAAUGAUGAACCUGCUCGUGGGAGAGCAGAUCGUUUGUGUAGGAGUUUGGAGGGUGACUCUAAGAAAAAGAUUCUCGUAAUUUUAGAUAAUUUAUGGAAGAAAUUAGAGUUGAAGGAAGUUGGAAUCCCUUGCGGAAAUGAUAAUAAAGUAAGAGAUUGCAAGCUAUUAUUAACAUCUAGGUACCGAGAUGUUCUGCGCAAUGAUAUGGCCUCUGAUCGAGAUUUCCGGGUCAAAGAGUUAGAGCCUAGAGAAGCGCAAAGACUUUUUGAAAGGACAGUAGGGGACAAAGUCAACGAUCCUGAGUUUAAACACCUGGUAGAUGGAGUGGUCAAGAAUUGUGGAGGCUUGCCACUUUUGAUUAUUUCAUUGGCAAAAAGUUUGAAACAUGAACAUUUGGCUGCAUGGAGGACUGCUUCGACUUACAUAGAAGGGUCUGAGGUAAAAUCACUAGUGGAACUAAAUUAUAAAGACUUAAAAAAUGAAAGGAUAAGAUCAUUAUUCUUAUCAAUUGCUUUAAACUCAGGGAUAAUUUUUGAGAGGUAUUCCCUUGCCUCCUGCAUGGGUUUGGGUUUAUAUAAAAAUUUUAGCAAGACCCUUGAAAACGCAAGAGACAGGUUGAUUAUGGAUCUACGUAGCCUACAGGACUCCUCUUUGUUGCUAGAUAGUCAUUACACAUUGUUUUGCAAAAUGCAUGAUAUAUUUGUUGAUGAAGCCAUCUCUAUCGCUUACAAGGAAUGGAACGCCUUGGUUGGGAGGAAGGAUUAUGGGUUUAAGGAAUGGUCAAAGGAUGAGCUCAAAAAAUGCAUUGCAAUGGUCUUUCGUUUCAUUGGCAUUGAUGAGCUUCCUGGAAAAUUGGACUGUCCAAAUUUGAGGAUGCUUCAGCUAUUGGAAAACAACCCAUCUCUCAAACUUCCCGAGUCAUUUUUUGAAUCUAUGGAGAAGCUCCAAGUCUUGGAGUUGGGUCACUUCCCUUUGACCACUCUACCUUCGUCGAUUCAAUUCCUUGAAAACCUCAAGUCGCUUGUUGUUUGUUAUUGCCCUCUGGCAGAUGUUACUAUUCUUGGAAAGCUGAAAGGGUUGCAGUUCCUAAAUUUCCUAGGAUCUACAAUCGCUCGAUUGCCCAAAGAAAUAGGUGAACUAACAGAAUUGAGAUUUUUGGACUUGACGAGGUGCACCAAGCUCAAAGUUAUUGAACCUGGCGUGCUCGGAAGCUUGGUUAAUUUAGAGGAACUGUACAUGGGCAACAGUUUUGAUCAGUGGGAGGCCGAAGAUGAAGCACUGCGAAGCAACGCUAGCUUAGCUGAGUUGAGGAACAUGAAAAAGUUGAGCACUUUGCACAUUUCCAUUCCGCAUUCGGUCGAUUUCUCAAAAGACUUGCCAUUCAGAAAACUAAACAGGCAUAUUAUCCAAAUUGGGGACAUUUGGAAUUGGUUGGGUAAAUACGAAGAAUCCAGAAUUUUAAAGCUUAAGCUGCAUUCUAGUAAUCUUCUUCUCGAAGAGUGGGUGCAGACAUGUUUGCAGAGAACGGAAGAUCUCCACUUGCAUGGACUGCCAGAAGAAGAGCAUAGCAUUCACGAUUUGUGCUUUGAAGGUUUUGGGGAAUUGAAGCAUCUUCAUGUACAAAAUUGCCCCUCAAUCCAGUUUGUUGUCCACUCCGCAGAGCAUGUCCAAUGCACGACAUUUACGAGAUUGGAAUCGCUAUUUCUCAAGAGUUUGAACAACUUUGAGAAGAUUUCUCGUGGUUGUCUUGCCCCAGAAUCCUUCGGCAAAUUAAAGAUUGUGAAAGUGGACGACUGCGACGUAAUCAAACAUUUAUUUCCUUUGUCCAUGAUGAGAAUAUUCUCGCAACUUGAAGAGAUUGAAAUAAGCAACUGCAAGUUGAUGCAGCAAAUUAUCACGAAUGCCGUGGCAGAAGAAGAUGGAGAUGAAAUAGAUGAUGAUCCCAAAGUGAAGUCGUGCAAUUUGCGUAGGCUGACAUUGCAAAACUUAGCCGAGAUGACGAGCUUCUAUAAAACCGUGGACCAUUCGGUUGAAUUCUUUGAUGGGCAACAGGUUUUAUUGCCCCGGUUGGAGAUAUUGACACUGUCUAAACUUCCCAAAUUGAAAAAGAUAUGGAACUCUCAAUUUCCCUCAGAUCUGAGCAACCUAAAAUUCCUCAAGGUGGAGGAUUGCGCGUUCCUCUUGUGCAUCAUCCCAUCAAAUUUGCUAAUAAAGCUCCGUAAUUUGGAAGCUAUAACCAUUGAAAGAUGUUGGUUAAUACGAGAUGUAUUCGACCUUGAAGGACUGACAUUGAGUGGGGAGGUAGAAAUUCUUUCGCGAUUGACUAGAUUAACCUUGAGUGACUUACCAAGGUUGAGGUACAUAUGGAACAAGAAUCCAAGAAGAGCAUUGUGUCUCCAAAACUUAAGGGUAUUGAAGGUGAAAAAUUGUGAGAACUUGAGGUUUCUUUUUUCUUUUUCCAUGGCUAAAGAGCUCCAGCAAAUAAAAGAAAUAGAAGUAGCAAGUUGUAAAUUGUUGGAAGAACUUAUAGAUGUGCAAGAAGAAGAAUCAGACGAAGCUCCAUCCAUCAACACUAUAAAGUUCCCCCAGUUAACCUCCUUAUCUCUUAAGGAAUUGCAAAAUUUUAAGACAUUCUUUUAUGGAACGUACCAUAUUCAUUGUCCAACCUUAACAAGAUUGACAAUAUCUGGAUGCCCCAAAAUGAUGACAUUCUCUUCAUUUGAAGAAAAGCAACAGUCGAUUGAUGCCCCUUUACAAAAAGCGUUUGGUUGCAUCAACUCUAACUUGUCCUUGCCUGUCUUCUUCAAUGAAAGGGUUCUUUUUCCAAGCUUGGAGGAAUUGAAACUUUCGUCCAUGUGUGAGUUAAAGAGGAUAUGGCACGAUCAAUUCCUCGAACAGUCCAGUAAACUCGCAUCCCUCACUCUUGAACUUUGUGAGAAUUUGUCACAUGUUUUUCCACCAAAUUCCAUCGAUAGGUUGCAGAGCUUGAAUGAAAUUAAGGUGGUUGGGUGUCCCUUCUUGGAGGCAUUAUUUGAAUCGGUAAGUCUUAACGUUGAGGAAAGGCAAAAGCCAUUGGUCCUCCCUACAUUAAAAAAAGUGGAGUUGUUGAAUCUACCAAGGCUGAGAGACAUUUCGAAGAGUGACUACAAAGUAACCUCGGCAUUUCCUAGCCUGAUGGAAGUGAAAGUGAGGCGUUGUCACAGUUUGCCAUAUCUCUUCUCAAGUGCCACAGCCAAAACUCUUGAUAAACUUGCGCUCCUUGAUGUUUCCUGUUGCAAUAACCUGCGGACCGUAAUUGUGAUGGAAGAAGGAAAAGUAAAAACCGUAAAGACGGUAAUGUUCCGCCAAUUAAGCACACUCAAGAUUGGUGACCUUGAGAAUUUUAUUAGUUUCAGCUUAGCGAGUUGUGCUCCUGAUGGGCUAUAUCCUCUAUUUGAUGAGAAGCUAGCAUUUCCAAAGUUAGAAGAGUUACACAUCGAGGGAGUUCAACAAGAAGAACGUGGAGCGAUAAAAUCCUUGUGGAGUCCUUUUGCUGUCUAAAGGUCCUUAAGGUGAAGCAGUGUC